GCCCGACAUCAGAUUGACAGCCUCGGCCUAGUCUCACGUCUUAUGAUCUUCAUGCCCAAAAAUACGUCGCAAGACUAUUUCGAUUCUUAGAACCCAAUAUUUGAAUAUAUAAAGUCUUAGUUGUCGCCGAACAUUGGGUUAUCUAGACAAUACCGUUUCCGGCGCAAAUCAUACCCCGCACUUUCCACAUACUGGCCGUAUUCAUUUGGGCCUGCAGAAGAUUACCCACCUUUCAAGAUCCCAGCAAAGGAUUGAUAGAGUUUCCUCUAGCAUCUAUUAAGCAUGGAGUCGAAACCUGGGGAUCUCGCCGGACUGGCAGAGUCCUCGACAAAAGUUUUGGUUGGCGAAUCAAGUACAGUAUCUGAGACACAGGCUGCGGAUGCUGCUGCAGCGUGGGAGGACGUUCCAGAUCCGGACGAGGAUGAUUUAGACGAUCUAGAUGAUAUGCUGGAUGAGUUCAACGCUGCGAAGCCAGAAUUGAAAGCACCAGCACCAGCCUCCACAACAGCAACCUCUGGUCCUGAGAGACCGCCCGUCGCGGACGAUCCUCUUCUUGGCGGCGGUGAAGGACUCACUGACGAUGAUUUUGCAAAGCAGUUACAAGCCGGCAUGGCCGAACUAAUGGGAGAACUCGAGACAUCACCAGAAAUGCAAGCGCAGUUUGAAAGUAUGCUGAAGGAGAUGGGUGGAUUGGGGGAAACUGGACCAGCACCUCCACCGCCAUCUGCGCCAAAACCCGGACCCUCGAAGACCAAAGCCGCCCCAGGCUCAGCUAGUGAGGAAACAUUCCAGGAAACUAUUAAGAAAACAAUGGAAAGAAUGCAAGCUUCUGGGGAUCAAGCAACUGCUGCUGCUGCAGAGGAUAAUUCGGACGAUUUACUAGCGGAGAUGAUGAAAGCUAUGGGAGCUGGUGGUAUGGACGGAGAGGGCAGUGAGGAGGAUUUCUCGAAAAUGCUAUUGGGUAUGAUGGAGCAAUUAACUAAUAAGGAGAUAUUAUACGAACCGAUGAAGGAAUUGGAUGAUAAAUAUCCCGCGUGGUUAGAGAAGAACUCUGCCAGCGUUCCUGCAGAUGAUCUGAAGCGAUAUAAGGAACAGCAAGUUUUUGUCAGGGAAAUUGUCGCUAGAUUCGAGCAAAAGACUUACAAGGAUGAGAAUGCUUCAGAUCGAGAGUAUAUUGUGGAGAGAAUGCAAAAGAUGCAAGCAGCAGGCUCACCACCAGCGGAUCUGGUUGGAGAUAUGGCUGCAGCUCAAGAAGCUUUUGGAGCUCCGGAAGAAGGCUGUCCAACACAAUAAAAUACCCAUAUCUUAGUGAUAGUAACUCGUGUAUAUUAACAAACCAGUGAUACCAUGACCAAUAAUCCCGAUAUAAAACACCAAAUGGUUCGAUCCGUUUAUCAUACCAAAACACCGACCAGGCCCUAGCCA